CACUCACACCGGAUCCCCGAGCCCUCGCUGUCUGCUCCCUGCACGCCCUCCCCUCCCCAGCCUUGCUGGCCUGCCAUGGACGGGCCUGCCGAGCCCCAGACCCAGGCCCUGUGGGACACCGAAGAAAAGGACAUCUCAGAAAUCAGCCAGAAGUUGUCAGGUGAAUACUUCCGGUACAAAGGCAUCCCCUUCCCCCUGGCCGUCUACUCACCCGAGAGCAUCAGCAGCACCGAGAACGCGGAAGUGCGGGACGAUGACAUCUUCGUGGUCACCUACCCCAAGUCAGGCACCAACUGGAUGAUCGAGAUCCUCAGCUUAAUCAUAAAGGACGGGGACCCCUCCUGGGUCCGCUCGGUGCCCAUCUGGCAGCGGGCACCCUGGUGUGAGACCGUCGUGGGCGCCUUCAGCCUCCCGGACGAGUCCAACCCCCGCCUCAUGAGUUCCCACCUCCCCAUCCAGCUCUUCACGAAGUCCUUCUUCACCUCCAAGGCCAAGGUGAUUUACAUGGGCCGGAACCCCCGGGAUGUGGUGGUGUCGCUAUAUCAUUACUCCAAGAUCGCCGGGCAGUUGAAGGACCCCGGCACACCUGACCAGUUCCUGCAGAACUUCCUCAAAGGCGAAGUGCAGUUCGGCUCCUGGUUCGACCACAUUAAAGGCUGGAUUCGGAUGCAGGGCAAAGAGAACUUCCUGUUUAUCACCUACGAGGAGCUGCAGAAGGACCUCCCUGACGCAGUACGGCGUGUCUGCCAGUUCCUGGGCUGGCCGCUGAGCGAGGAGGCGCUGGCCUCCGUGGUGGCGCACUCGGCCUUUGAGGCCAUGAAGGCCAAUCCCAUGUCCAACUUCACGCUGCUGCCCCCCAGCCUGCUGGACCAGCGCCGCGGGGCCUUCCUCCGGAAAGGGGUCUGCGGAGACUGGAAGAACCACUUCACCGUGGCGCAGAGCCAAGCUUUCGACCGCGUCUACCGCGAGCAGAUGCGGGGGAUGCCGGCCUUCCCCUGGGACGAGGACCCCGAGGAUGCCAGUCCGGACCCGGACCCCAGCCCCGACCCCAGCCCCAACCCAGAUCAGGCCUCCGAGCACCCCUCUCCACAACCCUGAGAAUAAACGCAUCACUCCUGCC